GAUGAUGAGACUAAGUUUUAUGAAUAUUUUAGGAUGACGCAGUACACCUUCUGUGAACUUUUAAAGAAACUAGAACCAAGGCUGAGAAAAAAUGACACGUUCUGGAGAGUAUCAGUUUCACCCAAAGAACGACUGGCUGUUUUUUUACGGUUCCUUGCUACAGGAGAUUCCUUUAAAACUAUUUCCUUCAGCUACAGGUUGGGAAAAUCCACAGUUGCAGCUAUCGUCCAUGACAUCUCUAGAACAGUUAUCGAUUUAUUGUUAGAAGAGGUGAUGCCUGUGCCGAAUGAAGAAAAAUGGAAUGCUAUAGCUGAGGAGUUUUGGACAAAAUGGCAGUUUCCAAACUGCAUUGGAUCUUUAGAUGGAAAGCACGUAACAAUACAGGCUCCAAACAACUCAGGAAGUCUCUAUUGGAAUUACAAAAAAACAUAUUCCAUUGUGCUUCUUGCUCUGGUUGACCCAUGUUAUAAUUUUAUUGCAAUAGACGUGGGAGCGUACGGAAAAAACUCUGAUGGAGGCAUUCUAGUAAAUUCAAAUCUUGGAAAGUCAUUGGAAAACAAUACGCUUAGCGUCCCAAAGAGUAAAACUUUACCCGGAACUGAUGUUGAACUUCCAACGAACAGUUUUGCGCAGUUGCACAGCUCACAAGACAACCCCACCGUCAGGCCGUGUCCGUCACGUGAAAAUUUGAACACGGCGAAUCCCGCCCGGCCCGGCCCCGGCCCGUUGACGUUCCCCGUGCACGGCCCGGUCAAGUGGGGCCCGCUGCAUUUGUUUUAA